CAUCCAGUGACCAACGGUGGGAACGGCUUCAUCCGGCGCCGCCCGGCGCCGCCAUCGCCGUCAUGUCCUUCGCCCAGCUAAGCUGUCACUGAAUCCCAGGUGCCAUGACGCAAACUUGGAUGAAUCAACGCUUCCAAUGCUUGGCCCCCACAGACUUCGAAGAGGGAGUGCACUUCGUGAGCAUCGGCAACGUGUCGCCGCUGUCGGAGGUGCAGAAUAUUUGGAGCGCCUUGGGCAAGGGGCAGGAUGCUAGUACACUGGUGCCAAGCCUAAAGGCCAAAAGGGUGCUGUUCAUUUUUGCGAGUCCCAUCGAUCAGGGCCAGGUGGCGAAGCUCCGAGAGCUCAUUCAAUGUUUGGACGCCACGGAUGCACCGCCCAUGCGCGGGUCCCCCAAGAUGCCCGGUCCGGGGUCGCGGACCCGGUGGAGGGUUUGGGCACCUCAUACCGUUCCGCCCGAGAUACGACCACACCAAGCCAUCGUGGACCCGCAAGUCAACGAUGGACCCAGCAGCGUGAGUAGCUUGAUGGAGCUGGGGCUGGAUGGUAUCGUGUCUGGUGAGCCACAGGGUGAAGCCUUAGCAUUGGUCUUGGGCAUGUGGGUGCAGAAGUUGGAGAUCGCCGCCGAGACCGUGGCGGAGUUGAUGGCGCAACGCCGCCGGAAGGCGGCCAACGUGGAGUACUACAAGGGUCACACCGACAGCCUGUUGUGGGACUACCUGAGAAGUCGGAUGGCGCCGGUGAUCCCUCCAUGCGACCGGUAUUUGCAAGCAGGUGAGCCAGACCACCUGGAUGGUUGGGCCUUCGGCAGUUGUCGGCGGACGGCCAAUGGUCUUAUCUAUCGGCUGAACCGACGGCGGCCCGAGAGCUCUGGACUGGGCGGCAGCAAGAAGGAAGUGGCGUUCUUGGUCGACAAGCAGAAGAUUCGGAACAUCACACAGAUGAUGGCUCUGAAGCGCAUGGUAGAUGCUUUGUGGAUGGUGAGCUGUGAAAAGUGGCAGCAUCCCAAUAUCCAGAGGCUGUUCCAGGUCUACCACUCUCCGACGCACAUCAUCAUGCGGAUGGAGUACGCGGGCGCUGGCAGUCUCCAUGAUCGCCUGUGCCGCGUCGAGCGCAGGCCCUUGUCCUUUGCCAAGGCGGCCCAGCUCUUACAGCAGCUCUUCCGAGCCGUUUCGCAUCUCCACCUUGGGCCCAAAGUGUGCCACAGAGACAUUAAGCCCGAAAGCUUCGACUUGCACGAGACGGUGGAGAUGAUCUCUUUGAAGUUGACCAACUUUCAACUGGCCUUUGUCGCCGAGGACUGCUGGUGUACGCAACAGUGUGGCACCGUGCCCUUUGUGGCACCGGAGAUCCUCAAGGGGGAGAGGUAUGAUGGAAUGGCUGCUGAUAUGUGGGGCGUGGGCAUCACGGUGAUCGAGAUCCUUUGCGGCUCCCGAAGCGUGGACAAGGUCCUGGGAAUCGAGGAGAAGGUGAAGUCUUUCCCCGAUGAGACCUUUCUGGCCAACCUCUUGGAAGUCUUCCAAGAGCCGGGCUCCGCCUCGCGCAUCCUGCAAAGCAGCUGCUUCCCGGAGUUCCAGGGUUUUCGCCUCACCCUUUCGCCUUGGCUCAACGCACUGCUGGCAGUGGAGCCUGAGGAGCGGCUGGGAGCCAGUGACUUGGCCUUGGCGGCGGAACAACUCCCCAAAGGCCCUCCCACUGCUCCGCCCGUGUCGCCAGCUCCCCUGCCGCUCCGUGAUGAAGAUGAACAGUCGGUACAAUGGCUGGAGGAUGAGACUUACGGGAACCUCACCUCCGAACGUGAUGGGCCAGAGGAGCUGGCAGCGGGGUCACCACCGCUUGUGCGGAACGAGUCAGCCAAGACACAGGGGACCUUCCAAGGUCAUGGGCUGCCAUCUGAAGAUUGAGAUCCUUCUGCAUCGAUCGACUGUCUCAUCGUCCGCCUGUCAUAGCCUCGAGAGGGGAUCAAGCUGGUGCAGUGAAGAAGAAGCUGAGACAUCGGAUGUUGACAACUGACAACUUCCAACGUCCUUUGAAAUGCUGUGAACACCAUUUUGGAG